AUGACCAUUCAACCUCUCAUCUUCUACGAUAUUCCGGGCACUUCAUGGGACAAGAAGGCAUGGAGCCCGAAUUGCUGGAAGGCUAGGUAUGCGUUGAACAUCAAGGGUGUACCCUACAAGACCGUUUGGGUCGAUUACCUCGAAAUCGAACCGGAGUUCAAGAAGGCAGGCAUCGCGCCUACGGGGACGAGAGCAGGGAAGGAUCUCUACACAUGUCCCGGCCUGGUAGACCCUAAUACCGGCGCUGCAAUUGCGGACUCACUCGCGAUUGCUGAGUACAUCGAGAAGACGUAUCCUAAUCCGUCUACGCCGACACUCUUUCCGCCGGGUACUCGAACGCUGCAGCUCGGCUUCCGUGAUGCAUUCGAGCAACGUGCGCGUGGCAACAUGGUCAAAUCGGUCCUACUCCAGAACAUCGCCCAAAUGUCACCGGAAAGCAACGCCUACUGGCGCCGCACGCGGGAAGAGUCCGUCUUCGGUAUGGCUCUGGAAGAUGUCGUGCCACCCGGUGCGAAACGCGCUGCCACCUUCCGCAGCAUCCUCGACGGUCUGCAUGCUAUCGGCCAGUGGAUCGACGCCGGCGGAGAGGAGGGGCCGUUCUUGAUGGGCAAGGAGCCGUGCUUCGCGGACGUGGAUAUUGCUGCGACGCUCAAGUGGGUGAUGUUACUUGUUGGGAAGGAGGAGGAUGGGCUUUGGACAGCUGUGGCGAAACUUGAUGGUGGAAGAUGGGUGGCGUAUGCGAAGGAGUUCGAGAAGUGGGAGGCAUGCCCAUGA